AUGUCUCUCCAGGGUCAUUCUGCUCCACUUGGAAUCACCUUUUAUGAAUGGAAAGAUCCUGCAGAUCGCCCUGCCGCUUGCUCUCCUGACGUUGCUUUUCCUAAGAGUAUGAAUGGAUAUGCUUUCAUGGCUUACCACGGAUCGUGGAACCGGGACGUCCCAACUGGAUACAAAGUUGUUUACGUGGAAAUGGAUGAGUAUGGCGACCCUAUUGGGGAAUAUCCAUAUGACUUAUUGAAGCAUGAACCUCCUGAUGCCAGAUGGGAUGAUGGUUUCAGGCCGGUUGACGUCAGCUUUGAUGACUGUGGACGACUAUUGAUUUCCAGCGAUGGCUCCAGAGGAGAUGGUUACGCCGGUUCCAAGAUUGUACGAAUGGAGAACACUGCACCGCCCCCGACCGCAACACCAACAAAUUCUGCUAGUCCAAGCAUCAGUCCAAGCAUCAGUCCAAGCCUCAGUCCGUCCGUACAGUUCCCACGCAAGUCGGACCAAGGGGACAACAACAAAAAUCUUGGUUCAAGCUUGAGCGCCUCAGUAUCAGUCAUGCCUCGAUGGUUGAGUACCAUCGUAGGAGUCACGGUCUCGCUGUGGUUGACCUUUGGUGGUUAG